AUGCCACCCACGGGGAGCUUCAGCGAAAUACCCACACUAGACCUCUCCCUCGCCCGAGACCCCGCAACAGAGGCGGAUUUACUCGCCCAUCUGCGCCACGCUCUCACCAACGUCGGCUUCUUGUACAUCAUCAACCACGGAGUCCCCGAAGAGGCCAUUUCUGAUGUCGUCGAUGCACUGCCAGAGUUAUUCUCGCUGCCGCCAGAAGCAAAAUCCGAGAUCGCGCUGAGUAAUUCCCCGCACUUUCUGGGCUACAGCGGUGAUGGCGCGGAGACGACGGCGGGGAAGAGUGAUCGGAGGGAACAGGUCGAGUUCGCUACGGAGUUGCCGAGCGGGCUGGAGGAGGGUCUGCCGCUGAGAGAACGGCUUCGUGGGCCGAAUCAGUGGCCGUCUUCGUAUCCAGCGCUGCGUCCCAUUGUUGAAUCGUACAUAUCGGAAAUGACCGAUUUAGGAAACCGCUUCCUCAUCUUGGUAGCGAAAGCCCUUUCCCUCCCGCCAGAGACUUUCCUCUCCUAUCUCUCGGAUCAACACCGCCUGAAACUAGUUCACUACCCCGGCCUCCCGGAAGACGAAGCAGGCGGCCAAGGCGUAGGUCCGCACAAGGACUCGUCCGGGUGGUGGACCUUCCUCCUCCAAGCCUCGCCGCCGCAUAUCAAGGGCUUGCAAGCUCUCAACAAGAUGGGCGAAUGGAUCGAUGUGCCAGUGUUACCGGGCUCCUUUGUGGUCAACAUCGGCCAGGCGUUUGAGGUGGUGACGAACGGGGUGUGCAAGGCUACGACGCACCGCGUGCUGUCUGGGCAUCUUGAGAGGUUCAGCGUUCCGUUUUUCCAGGGGGUGAGGAGGGAUCUUACCAAGGAGGAGGCGGUGGGGUCUUUGAGGGAGCAUUUCGCGAGGCCUGAGAUUAGGGGGCUGGUGAGUGAGUCUGAGGAGGGGCGGGAGAUUGAUUCGGCGUUUUUGAAGGGCAAGUAUGAGACCUGGGGGGAGAGCCAGUUGAGGACGAAGGUAAGGAGUCAUAGAGAUGUUGGGAGGAAGUUUUACGCGAAUGUUUUUGAGAAGUAUAUUAAUGAUGAUUGA